AUAGUGCCAGAGUGUAGUACCCACCCAAAUCUCAACCUCGAUCACCAAACCGGCCUUCCAUUCUAUCGGCCGCAAUUAUUUUGCAUUCGCGAAGGUUUUAUUAGCGCCAGGCUAGCCAUCAGGAAAAAGUUCGUUGAUUUCAAAACACCUCAUCGUCAUCCCCGUCGUCGUCAGUCCACAAAGCAGUGAAUGCUAAUCGCUCGUGGAUCGCUGGGUGGUGGGCGGCGGCGAAGAAGGUGACGUGUUUGGAUGUUUUGAUCUGCUGAUGUCGUUGUCUGGCUAGCGGUCUCUUUCGUGCGCACGCUAUGUUCCAUGAGUGAGCAAGCGAAACGACUCUAUGCGCGCAGUCCGUUGGGUGGCUUGUUUACAAAAUUCUAAUAUCGUACGACGGACGUCGAGCCUCCCCAGUACCCUUUUUAAUUCACUGUCGGUUUCGGACAGCUCAUUCAUAAUCCAGAAUCACCAAGAGUCGGAAGUGUUUUAUUCGGGAAGAGGAAAGUCCUCUUCUACGCGAAGUGAUAAUCAACUUACAGCUGCAGCUUAAUCAAAUUGUGAGCUACAUUCGUUUUGAUUGAGAGUGGAGCUUGAAGUGCGAUAAAAUUGUUGCUAGUGCUAGUGCAUAUUGAAAUCAAGCAACGAAGAGUGGAACUCAAGGACAAAUUCCAGUGGACUACAAAUCAAAAGUGGGGUUACGCCCUGUGAAUUUUUGGGAUCAGUUUUGAAGGACUAUAAUGCAGUUUUGAGCACAGAACUAUGUACCACGACUUGAAGCUGUAUAACAAACUGUUCGGUGGAUGUGGGUUGGCAUCAUUCAUUGGCCUUGUAAGCUACGAGGCUUAUCGUACGUACUCAAGCUUGAGUAAUUUGGUGGACACCCGUGUACUGGACAUCGAUCGCAAACGCCCGGACUAUAUUUACAUCAAGCAUCACAUUUAUAGGCAAUCGCUGCAGGAACAGCUGGAGCAGGAACGGGAGAAUAGCCGGUUAGUUAACGUGGUGGUGCAGCCUUUCGGUAAAUGGUGGAAGGCACUAAAACACUCAGUGGCUUGGAGAUUGCUUAAAAUUGCCCAAGAAGGCGACCAGAGCGACAGGUUGAAGGCCAUCAAGCAGCUUGCGCUUAUCGAUCAUUUGAAAGAUUGGGAUUUCCAACAUCUGGCCCAACUAUGUGAUGCUCAGACAGCAAUCUCUCUGGCCCGUUCGAACUGUGAUUCCCGUUGGUUCCUGCCACCGCGUCAGUAUGGAGUGGAAAAGUCAACACACGAAGUGUUGGCCAGCAUCAAAGGGCUCCUCGAAAAGUUAGCACCGGAUCAAUGCGCAGAGUACGUGCUGGAACAUACAUUUACAUCCCAUCAGAUUAAGGAACCGGUCGGCGAUGACGUGGUCGAUCAUAGACUGUACGUUUCACGUUUCGAAAACGAACAGCUGAAACAAGCUCUCAGUGCGUUGGUACAUUUGACCACCGUGGAGAAGAACUGUCGCAAAAUAAUUGAAAAUGGCGGCCUGUUGGAGCUCAUCGAAGUCGAGAAACUGUACAAAGACAACAUUGACAUGAAGCUGAUACUCGCAAGAAUCAUUGCCAACCUCUCUGUUUGUGGAGAUCAUGCCUAUGACUUUUUUGCCAGUGGGUGGAUUAAUAUUCUGUCCAAAUGGCAGCGGGAUGUCGAUAUGCGCAUGCAGGUGACGACCGAUCUCACCCUUUCGAAUCUGGACCAAGAUGAUCCGAACAGCUUCAGCUACGAGUCCAAUGUAUAUCCGUUGUUCCCGAAAGGCCGCAGGAAAAACAAGCCUGAUGUAGAUGUUAUCUUCGUUCAUGGAUUAUUAGGUGGUGUAUUUGUGACGUGGCGACAAAAGGAUCUCAAACCACAGGCAGCUAGUCUUUUAGGUAAGAAACAUUCUUCCGUCAAUCUAACGUCUUCCAAUGUCGAGCAUGCAAGGAAUCAAAUGAACGACCUGUCUGACUCCGCGAAUGCUGGAAGUCUAACAAAAACCGGUUCGACUCCGACUGUUACUGUAAAGGACAAUGCUUCGGGAGAUCUGGCCCCGAAAUCUUUGAUACAACGACAACGACUGUUUAAUUGGUCCGCCAGAAAAUCUUCUUUCGACGACGACGGCGACGCAAAUAAGGCUCAUGCAGAAGAGGGUAUCGCAUCGUACGACGACGCAGAACUGCUCACACUCCAACCGACACCGCCGAAAUCUCAUCCCUCGAUCAGCGACACCGCCACCCAGGAGCUGAUCCAGGCUCUCCAGGAAGACGAACCACUGUCCUCGGAGUGGUCCGUUGUGUUCCCGGAUCUUCCGCUAGUGGCGGACGAAAAGUACACCAGCCCCGGUGUACGCAACAAUCUGGAAGGCCGCUACAGCGUCUCCGGCGAAAAGUGGCUCCAGGAACCGUUGGGUGACGAAUCUAUCGGGCGGUCCUUCUGCUGGCCCAUGGAGUGGCUGCCCAAGGACUUCCCCAACAUUCGCGUUAUCGGUCUCAACUAUGAAUCCUCACUGUCGCAGUGGUCGGCCAGUGGAUGCCCCUGCGAAAAGUACGAUGGAAAGCUGGAGAAACGUGCUGCAGAAUUUCUCAGAAAACUCGCCAAGUCCAACAUCGGUCAGGAUCGUCCCGUCGUUUGGGUUGGUCACUCGAUGGGUGGCCUCCUGAUCAAAAGUAUUAUAAACCAAGCCGCUGCCAGUGAUGAUCCGGGCGUUCGCCAGAUUGCAGCAAAUUCUCGUGCCGUUAUGUUCCUUGGAACGCCUCACAGAGGCAGUGCCAUCGCCAAACUGAAGCAACACACUUCCGCUCUAGUUUGGCCAUCUGUUGAAGUGCGUGAGCUGGAAGAAAACUCCCUUCGUCUACUUCAUCUGCACAAAACGUUCCUUAAAACUAUCAACCAACUGCCAAGAAAGCCGGAGAUUGUGAGCGUAUGCGAGGGUAAUGCCACCGUGCUGACCUCGUUCAAGCUGCCAUUGCAAAUCGUUACGGAAAAAUCUGCACGUCUCGACGAAGGUGAUUUUUACCUGACUAAAGACGACCACUUGAAUCUGAGCAAACCGAUGUGCAGACAAUCGUUCCUCUACCAGAGGCUAAUCAGUACGAUUUGGUGCGCGAUGCAAUCGGCCAAGGAAGCAGGGGAGACGGAUGGAGGACAUAGUUCUGGUGGGGCAAAGGCCGCAGAAAGUGGAAAGAGAUCUAGUUCUGUGUUCAGUGAGCUGUACCGGCAGUUGGGCCAGUUGGACAAAUUGUUCAAUAUAUUUCUUUAAAUGAUUCUUGUUCACCAUGCUUUUAUGUUUUACUAAUGUGUGAUAUGGAAGAAUUUUACCAGCUUUCUAUUUAUUUUGGAACCAAGUAUUCCUUAAUUUUUAUUUUUUAUUUAUUAAUGUUUUUACAAACGAUAACGUGAAAAGUAAAUCUAAAUAUGUUAA